UGUCAAACUCUCGACGCCUCGACGCUCUCGACUUUGAAGAAGAGAAAGGAAAAGACCUAAAUUGGACCUAAAUUUGUUGCUUUUGUCGUUGCUUUUGUCCUCCGUUCUCGCUGAAGAUAAUUAGAGCGAUAAAAGUGGAUCGACCGGCCAGUGACUAAUUUCUCUAUUCCGCCUGAUCGCAGCGCCCUCGCGGGUUUCACCUCUUGCACAAAGAGUGCAGUUAAAAAGUUCUUUUGGUUCUUUUACUGUUUGCCAAGCUGUCGUCUCUCGUCAACCCUUUCAACGCAAUACGCCGACACCUGUUUUUGUUGGCCAGCUCCAGGAUACCAGUAUUUUCGGUCAACCAACUGCAUUGUUCGUCCUUUUUAACAACAGGAAGCAACGAUAAAUGUUUUUGUUUCAGACUGCAAUUAAAGGUCUAAUCUCCUUGAAAAGUAUGGGAUCAAUGAGCUGCAGAGAGAAAUCGGCAACUCUGGCACCAAAUGACGAGAAUGAUGAAUUUGUUGAGGCGGUGGUCGCUGAUUCGGCUGACCUUGCAGAAGGACAGAUGAAGGAAGUCUCGAUUGCUGAGGAUGGCAAAGUUUUGGUGGCUCGACUGAAAGGAGGCGCUGUUACAGCCAUUGGGGCUAAGUGCUCUCACUAUGGUGCCCCGCUGGUCAAGGGCGCCAUGGGUGACAACCGCGUUCGUUGCCCUUGGCAUGGUGCCUGCUUCAACCUUACAACCGGUGAUAUCGAGGAUUUUCCUGGUCUGGACGGAGUAGCUUGUCACGAGGCGCGCGAAGUUGGGGGCAAGAUUAUGGUUCGAGCUCGCAAAUCGCAAUUGCAGAGUCACAAACGCACAUGCAAUAUGGUUGCCAGAGAUGAGGCCAACACUCAGACGGCCCUCGUCAUUGGUGGAGGUGCUGCUGGUGCCACAUGUAUUGAGUCUUUGCGUCAGAAUGGUUUUACCGGCCGCAUCAUGUUACUGUGUGCUGAAAACUUCUUGCCUUAUGACCGGCCUAAGCUAAGCAAAGCCCUUGACGCUGAUCCUGCAAAAAUUGCCCUGCGAGAUGCCGAGUUCUACCAGAAAAAUGGAAUUGAGGUUCACUUGGGCGCUGAAGUCAAUUCCAUCGACCCUGGGAGAAAGUUAGUCUCCUUGGAACAGGGCGAGGAACUGAGCUACGAUGGUAUUGUGAUUGCUACUGGAUCUGAAGCUCGUGGGGUGGAUGGCAUUGAAGGAUGUGACCUGAAGAACAUCUUCACCUUGCGGACAGUGCAGGACGCCAACGAGAUCGCCACCGUAGCCAAGGGAAAGAAGGUCGUCAUAAUUGGAAACUCCUUUAUCGGGAUGGAAGUUGCCGCCUACAUGAAGGGCAAGGCACUAACUGUGACCAUAGUGGGACGCUCUGCUGUACCUUUGGAACCGGUGCUAGGCUCAGAAAUUGGCGCUGCCGUCCUUAAGCUUUUCACUGACAACGAGAUUGUGCACCUAGGUGGCCGUUCCGUCUCAUCAUUUGUAGGAUCUGAAGGUGCUGUCAGUGGCGUCAAACUGGAUGAUGGCCAAACUCUUGAUGCUGAACUGGUUGUUGCUGGAAUUGGUGCCACACCAAAUUCAAAAUUCCUGACUAGCAGCGGAGUUCGUCUGGACUCGCGCGGCUUUGUUGUUGUUGACCAGAAUCUGAGGACCAAUUUGGAUGGGGUGUUCGCAGCCGGUGAUGUAACUGCUGCUCCCCUUUCUUUGAAUGGCCGCGCUUUGCCAGAACCAGUUAACAUUGGGCAUUGGCAACUGUCACAUUUCCAUGGGAAAAUUGCUGGACGUAAUUUAGCCGCCUUAUUGGCCGGACGUCCCCAAGAGUUCACUCCGUUGGACGCUGUGCCCUUCUUCUGGACCAUGCUCUUUGGAAAAAGCAUUCGAUAUGCUGGGUAUGGCCAUGGAUUCGAAGAAAUUCACAUGGUGGGUGAUCCCAGUGCGCUUCAGUUUGAGGCAUAUUACCUCAAAGGUGGAGAGGCGGUGGCAAUUGCAACCCUUAACGCAGACCCUGUGGCUGCCCAGUUUGCUGAGCACUUAGCAGCCAAGCGACCGGCCCUGAGUAAGGAGCGCCUGCUUGCCGAUCACACAUACUGGCGCAAAUAACCUGAUUAAAUCCGCCCGUCAACAUCAUCAGUUAUUGACUUCAUAACUCAUUAUAUUUACAGACUACAAAAACCUCCUCCUUAGCACAAAUUCGUAAUAUUACAGUAUUUUCUCAUCAAAAGCAUCCCUCCAUGUUUAUAUUUUUAGAAAGGUUUAUUUAUUGUUGGUUUUGUAAUAAUUUCUAUUUCAUAGUGUCUCAAUACAAUACACUGAGAAUAAUCACAAAAAUUAGUUUAUUUUAA